AUGCGGGGCGCGGGCGCGGUCAACAUUACUUCGUUCGGUGACGAGGGGGCCCGGCGGGGCUCAGAGCGGAGACUCGCGCGCCGACGAAACGGUUCGCCCGUCCGGCACUCGCGCGAGACCGUCCCGUUCGAUCACCGGGACACGCGAGUCUUCGAGCGUCGCGGGCUCGCCCCCCCGGGCUCCGGUCGGAUAGCCAGGAGUGCUCGCCCCGAGAUCGCAUCAGGCGGCACCCGGAUUGUUUGCGACGAAGGGGAUUGA